AACAGACUCUAACACGCAACUCAUAAUGCUUAAGCUUCAAACUAUUUGACUUUGAAACUCAAGAAGAGGUUGGUUCUCUCUCUCUCUCUCUAGAAUCUCAGGUUCGUCUCUAACUUGUGAUUUCCAAGUCCAGACGAAGUCAAUUUUCUUGCAUUGCUGAGUCAAGCAGAUGGGGACAACAUUUGGAAAGCCAUUUUCCGGUUUAUUCCAAGAAACCGAACCGAGAAUAGUGUUUUUCGGCCUCAACUAUUCGGGAACAUCAUCCAUACUGCACCAACUCAAAACCGGAGACACCCUUUCUGAAACCAGGGUCCUUCUUACAUCAUAUUGUUUUGCUAUAUGAAUUACAAAAAAAAGAGGAUCAAUACUUUUAGGAUAUGAUAUUGGAAGUUUUGAAAAAAAAACAUAUAAAUACAUAUCAUUAUGACUUUGUUAUUAAACAAAGAAUUACAUUAAUGCAGAAUAUUUCGUUAUGGAAAAAUUACUUUCAACAAGCAUCAGGGUUUGUUUUCGUUGUUGAUAGCAUCUACAGAGAGCGAAUCGAAGAUGCCAAGAGUUUCAUUUACAUGGUGAUGGAUGAGGUAACACAAACAUCUUUAGCUAGUUGUAUAUAAUUAAUGCCAAUGCUUGAUUUUAGAUACAGGGGAACGCACCAGACAACGCGGCUGUUCUUGUUUAUAGCAACAUCCAUUUGGUUCCUGGUGCCAUGUCUGCUUCUGAGAUCAGUAACAAACUUGAUCUCGCUUCUUGUGAACCAAGAAUAAGAUUUUUUUUAUGAAAUUAGAUAACCUAGAAUCUUACACGAACCUGAUCAGAAAAGGAUUAGAGAUUUUAAAACGUGAUUAUUUCCUUUUUCCGGAUUAGAUGUGUAUUUUUUAAAGGCGGUUUAGAUCAUUAAAAUAGGAAAAAAAUAGGAUCAGUAAAACCCUUAUAUAAGAAGGGUUAAUGUAUUCUAUUUUGUUUCAUUCACAUAUAACACAUUCAUCAACGCUUUCUCAUUCAGCAAGUUUAAGUUUCUCUUCAAUCAUUCUUCGUGAUUUUUCUUGUUCGUUUUAUAAUGGCGACAAGAACGAGAAUCCUCAGCUUAGUGUUUGCGAUGAUGAUGAGCUUCACGGUUCUCUCGGGUUACUGCUCAGCCAAGAUCUACAAAGUUGGAGACUCCGAGGGAUGGACUGCUAAAGACGAUGUCUACUAUGCUUGGGCCGAGAGAGACUAUAAGGAGUUCCACGUGGGAGAUUCACUUGUCUUCGAAUACGAUCACAACAUCAACGACGUGACUCAAGUCUCUGGCGGUUUGGAAUACGAGUUUUGCGACCUUUCUUCUCCUAGAGCCGUCUACAACACAGGACACGAUAUCGUGACUCUCACGGAACCAGGUUUUCACUACUUCAUCACCUCAAACCAAGAACAAUGCGUAUUGGGACAGAAGCUCGAAAUUCUCGUCGUCCAAGACCCCCCAAGUCCGGUUCCUCCACCUCCAACACCCAGCAAGAUCCUUCCCGUCGGAGAGACGUACAAGGUCGGAGACUCAGAAGGAUGGAAAGUUUAUGAUAGUGACUUCUACAACAAGUGGAGUGAGGAGAAACAAUUUCAUGUUGGAGAUAGUCUGAUCUUCGAGUAUGCCAAUGAAGUCAACGACGUUUAUGAGAUCAGCGGUGAUCUAGAGUUCAUGACCUGCGACCCAACGUCUCCUGUGGCCGUGCACAAGACAGGACGCGAUCUUGUUAGGCUUACAGAACUGGGAGUUCAUUAUUUCAUAACCUCAAACUCGGGUUCUUGUGAGGCUGGGCUUAAGCUUCGGUUGAUGGUGGGACCACAACAGAAAGCUGUUACCUAUCCUAAAUUUCCCAAGAAGGUGGACUUCUCAGCUAUGGAGCGCCUCAACAACUGGUUAAAGGCUUUUAAACCCCAACAUUAACCAGCUUGGAGCUAUUGUUGUCUCUUUCUCUUGUUUCGUUUUAGCUUCUUUACUUCUCUUUUACCAUCGUUGUAUAGUUUAUUUGAUUCAAGCAGUAUUCAAUAAAAUUCCAUGUUUGAUUAAA